ACAGUAUCGCCGGCAAGAACAAGUCAAACACUUCAUCCAGUCCUCCUUAAAAAUCUUGUACCAUGACAUUGUUCUUUCAACUUAAAACCAGAACAUUCUACUUCCUGUUAUAAACCCACACACUUAGCAAAAACUACCUAGGUAGCCAAGGGUGUAUUUACGUUUACUCCCUCCGUUUCAAAAUAAUAGUAAUUCGUCAAAUGUCUGCAGCUCACGAGCUCGCGGCUCCAGAAACACGGACAAUACUUGGUCCUGCAGGGAACAGGGUCAGUGUUUCUGAACAUGAGACUAAUAACAAGAAGGAGAAGACACCGGAGAAGCCGAAGAAGCUGAGUUCUGUUAAGCCAGAGCCUGUUAGAGAUCAUGCUAUUCGGAGUAAAAGUACUGUCAAAAUUUCAAGUGCUGCUGGUGUUACUGUCCUGUCAUCAGCCUCUUGUGUCAAGAAAAAUGGGAAGAAAGAUAAGAAGAGUGAUUGCCAGAGUACUCUGUCGAAUGUCAAGGCGAGAUCGAAAACUGAGAAGCUACCAUCAGUGCCUUCUGUGCCGUUGAAGCAGUGUGAUUGGAUCACUCCAUUCUCUGACCCCAUUUAUGUAUCUUUUCAUGAUCAAGAAUGGGGAGUUCCGGUCCGCGAUGAUCGGAAACUCUUUGAAUUAUUUGUUCUGUCAAUAGCUUUGGCAGAAAUGACUUGGCCUGCAAUUCUUUAUAAGAGAGAUUCAUUCAGGAAGCAUUUUGAUAAUUUCGAUCCAUCCUCCGUGGCCAAAUUCACAGAGGAGAAGUUGCUGUCGAUGAAAGCCAACUGCAGUACUUUGUUAUCUGAACCAAAAAUUCGAGCAGUUGUUGAGAAUGCUAACCAACUACUUAAGCUUCAAGAGGAAUUUGGUUCAUUUAGCAACUAUUGUUGGAAAUUUGUAAACCACAAGCCGAUUCAGAAUGGAAUCCGCUAUGCACGUACAAUACCAGUGAAAACCCCGAAAUCAGAAGCUAUAAGCAAGGAUUUGAUGCGAAGGGGGUUUCGUUGUGUUGGACCUACUGUAGUGUACUCAUUUAUGCAAGUUUCUGGGAUGACUAAUGAUCAUCUUAUUACCUGCUUCAGAUACCAAGAGUGCAAAGAUAUCGCAGAGCUAGGUUUAAAGCCCGAGAUUACAGAGAACAAGGUAUCAGCUGGCUAAGCUUUACAUGAAUGAUGCAAGUAGCUGAAAUUCGACUCGUCUUCAUACACUAAUUAGAGCUGUGCACAAGUGUAGUGACUUGUCAGGAGUUCUUGUUAGAGCUGGUAGUUGUGUUCCUGGUAUGGUGUUGUAUCGUGUACUAACCGCAUACUGUACAAAAAUGUCGAUAAUUUGGAUGAUAGUGUGACUUUGUAAUAUGAUCUGUGUGAUUCUGAUUUUAUAGUAAAAUUAAUGUACUAUUAUGAUCGGCUCAACAA